AUGUCAAGCUCGCUUAGUGCUGGAGCGCAGUCGUUCGUUCCGCCCUCGCAGCCGACCACGAGUAACAACCAACUCCCUACAUCUGUCCAAUUGCCGAAGCUCGAAGCGGUUGAAGGCGCAAAGCGGCUAGCAGCCUUCGCUGCUGUGGACAAGCACGUCGGACUGAAGGACAAGAUUAUCGGUAUUGGCUCUGGAUCCACCGUUCCAUACGUGGUCGACCGGAUAGUCGCGCAGGGCAAAGAAGCGAACAAGGAGCGCAUCUUUUUACCCACCGGCUUUCAGUCCAAGGAGUUGAUCAUCAAAGCCGGAUUGACCCUUGGGGACGUGGACCAGUUUCCUCAGUUGGACGUCACGAUAGAUGGUGCUGACGAGGUCGACAAUGACCUUCACGCUAUCAAAGGUGGAGGAGCAUGUCAGCUGCGGGAGAAGGUCCUGGCGGAGGCAGCUACCACAUGGGUGAUCGUUGCAGACUACAGGAAGAACUCAAAGGUUCUGGGUACCACGUGGACCCAAGGCAUCCCCAUCGAGGUCGUCCCCUUUGCCUACGCCACCGUCCUCUCAAGUCUCGCACGCAUGGGCUCCCUGUCCAAAUUACCAAAUGGCAAGCCAGGGCUUGCGCUUCGAAUGGGCGUCAAAAAGGCCGGGCCGGUUGUCAGCGACAACGGUAACUUCAUCAUCGAUGCGCCGUUCGGGGAGGACUGGAUGAGAAAACCCGCUGAGCUGCUGAAGACCAUCAAACUCAUCACUGGCGUUGUCGAGGUCGGGCUGUUCUGCAACAUGGCACGAGCCGCUUUCUUCGGGAACGAGGAUGGCACCGUGACAGUACGGAACAACGACGGAUCGACCGAGUCCAUCGAGUCUGUUCCGGACGUACCAGAUCUGUCGCAGCCUGGACCUGCGAAGAAGGCGCAGCUGGAACAGGAGAUGAAAGUCUCUGGCGGCGAAUUGCGAGAUGCUUGA